AUGGGUUUUACACUCAAUUGGAAGCUAAUUUGUGCAACUUUGCUAUUUUUGGGGAUAGGGAUUUCUGAAGUCACUUCCCGUACCCUGAAUGAAGUAUCCAUGAUUGACAGACAUGAGCAAUGGAUAGCUCGUUAUGGAAGAGUUUACAAGGACAAUGUAGAGAAAGAAAUGCGAUUUAAGAUAUUCAAGGAUAAUAUGGAGUUUAUCGAGUGUUUCAACAGUGCUGGUACAAAGCCUUACAAGCUAGGCAUCAAUGAAUUUGCUGAUUUAACCAAUGAGGAGUUUCAAGCUUUUCGUAAUGGUUACAAGAUGUCCUCCAAUCUCAAGUCAUCUAAAACAACUUCGUUUAGGUAUGAAAAUGUGACUGCAGUUCCAUCUAGCAUGGAUUGGAGAAAGAAAGGAGCCGUUACUCCCAUUAAGGAUCAGGGUCAAUGUGGAUGUUGCUGGGCAUUCUCAGCAGUGGCAGCCAUGGAAGGGAUUAACCAGCUCACAACCGGCAAAUUGAUCUCAUUAUCUGAACAAGAACUUGUUGACUGCGACACAAGUGGUGUUGAUCAAGGCUGUGGGGGUGGCCUCAUGGAUGAUGCCUUUGAAUUCAUAAUACACAACAAUGGCCUCACUACCGAAGCCAAUUAUCCAUAUGAAGGAGUAGAUGCAACUUGUAAAACUAAGAAGGUAGCUGUAGCUAAGAUUACCGGUUAUGAAGAUGUGCCUGCCAAUAGUGAGGCGGCAUUGUUGAAGGCUGUUGCCAACCAACCCGUAUCUGUUGCCAUUGAUGCUAGCGGAUCUGACUUCCAAUUCUACUCGAGUGGUGUUUUUACCGGGGAUUGUGGGACUGAAUUAGACCACGGGGUUACAGCAGUUGGGUAUGGGACGAGUGACGAUGGUACUAAGUAUUGGUUGGUCAAGAAUUCUUGGGGUACUAGCUGGGGCGAUAAUGGAUAUAUUAUGAUGGAAAGAGACAUUGCUGCUAAGGAAGGCAUUUGUGGCAUUGCCAUGGAAUCUUCCUAUCCUACUGCUUAA